AGCGCGGGAGUGGCAGUAUAGUUUCGGACGCCGUGGCGCGUGCUUCGGGGAUGAAAAUUGCUAGUCGUUUAAUUGACGAUACACGAUCGAUGUGUGUCUUCGCUGUUCGUGUCAUGCAUUGGUACGAUCUACGAACGGCCACACGUGUAUAUCCGAUGAAUAUCUGGGUGAUUUGCGCGCGACCGGUUCGUCGGUAGUCGCGGUUUGUUGACUCGAUAACGUGGUCCCUCGGUGUGUUUGUUUUCCCCGUGGAGAAGUGCAAUCAUCUGUGGAUUACCCCGAGCAGCUGCAACGGACAGACAGACUUCCAGCUACCAAAUCGUCGCUGGGAAAAAGCUCUCGCUCUACGGAACCAUCUCGAUAAAGCGCUAAAAUUCUCUGAUUGUAACAUAUAUCAGUGGACUUUCCAAUUUCGAUAAAAAGACACGUCACAGGACUUCCCAAUUUAAAUAAAAAGCCAAGAGAAAGGAAAGAUCGACUAAAAAAAGAGGAAAAAGAAGAGAGGAACAUUGGCAACGAAGGGAAGUUCUGAAGGAUGUAGUCCAGAUCGUCGAGAACGGGUGACAAUAUAAUAAAAAGAGAAGAAAACGGGAAGGAUGGAGGCGAAGGAGGAGGCGUCCGAGUCGUGGAGGAUCACCGAGGGCUGAGAAAGAGAAGGAAAAAGAGAAAGUGAGAGGAUGCACAAGCACACGAGCCAACUACGUGGUCCCAGCGGCCCCGGAAGCGGACACCAUGUUGCUAAUAGAGGUCCUGUCAGAAGAUGGAACAGUUUCCAUGGCGGAGGAAGCGUUGGCGGAGGCGCGAGUAAUUUUAACGACACUGUCGGAAAUGGCAAUCUGCCCUCUGGUAUGAUCACCAAGGCUCCGCAGGAGCCGUUCAGGGCCGUGCCAAAGGCUGUCCAAGCUCUCAGAAGCGAAUCCGUCGAUAGGAGCCAUCGAGUACAGCCACCGCCACCUCCGGCUUUUCCUCGAAGGCGAUUCUCCGUCUGCUUUGGCAAGCGGACGGGUGGCAGCGCCAGGAGACCCAACGAAUGCUUCGUUCUCGAGCCCUCCGAGAUGAUCGUCAUCGACUAUCCAGAAGUGCAUGGAGGAAGGAUGCAUCGACCACCGCACCCUCAUCCCAUAACCGAUCAUCGACAGGUCAACUUGGUCUUCGAUGAUACGUUUUCUCAAGGCCUGACGGGCAGGCCAGAGCUGUAUCAAAAGUCCAAUAGAAGCAGCCAUUCGAGUGACACAAGCUCAGCAUACAGUGGUUCAGACACCAUGACAUCUGUACAAGGUUCAUUAGAUGCAGAUGCAGACGAUGUUGAUCUUUCAGGUCUUGUUGAAUCUAUAGUAGACAGCGAUGAAGAGGAAGAUCUUGCAGAAAGCAUGGAUAGCUUGACUGUUCGUGAUCCAGUCAGAGAAUGUUUAGAAAAAGAUCCUAUGGAAAGGACAGAAGAUGAUAUAGAAACGCUCUUAGAAUUCACACAACAACUAAAGGCUUUCACGAAUAUGACCUUGGCAGUAAGAAGAGCGCUGUGCGCUGUGAUGGUGUUUGCAGUGGUUGAACGUGCUGGUAUGAUAGUUUUGAAUGAUGGAGAAGAAUUAGAUAGUUGGAGUGUGCUCAUAAAUGGUGCUGUGGAAAUUGAGCAUAGCAAUGGAGAAAUCGAACAGCUGCACCUUGGUGACAGUUUUGGAAUUUUGCCCACUAUGGAAAGACUUUUGCAUAGAGGUGUAAUGAGGACAAAAUGUGAUGAUUGCCAAUUUGUAUGUGUUACUCAGGCAGAUUAUUUUAGAAUUCAACAUCAAGGAGAAGAAAAUACGAGGCGGCAUGAAGAGAAUGGGAGAGUAAUUCUAGUAACAGAAUUAAGGGGUGCUUUAGAUGGCGGAGCACGCAGAGGUCAUGUAGUUAUCCGCGGAACUCCUGAACGUUUAAUGUUACAACUUAUCGAAGAAAACAGUAUUACCGAUCCCACUUAUAUAGAAGAUUUCUUAUUAACGCAUCGAACAUUUAUCGAUAGUCCUUUAUUAGUUGCGAGUCAAUUGUUAGAAUGGUUUGAUCAAGCACAAGUCAGAGAUAGAGUUGCCCGUGUGGUACUUCUUUGGGUAAAUAAUCAUUUUACUGAUUUUGAAACUGAUCCCGCCAUGAUGGAAUUUUUGGAAGCAUUUGAAGCCGGUUUGGAAAGAGAAAAAAUGCUAGGACAACAAAGAUUAUUAAACAUUGCGUGUGCAGCAAAAGCAAGAACGCGGAAUGUAACAUUAGCAAGGCCUACAAGGGACGAGGUUUUGCAUUUUAGUAUUUUGGGCGGAUAUGAAAGAGGUUUCGGCAUUUUUAUUUCAAAAGUGGAUAAAAAGUCAAAGGCUGAAGAUGUUGGCUUGAAACGUGGUGAUCAGAUUUUAGAAGUAAAUGGACAGAGUUUUGAGCACGUGAGUCACGCCAGGGCUCUUGAAAUCUUAAGGGGAUCUACUCAUCUUAGUAUAACUGUUAAAUCAAACUUACUUGCGUUUAAAGAAAUGCUUCAGAUGCCAGAUGACUCGCCGAGGCCGCGGGGAAGAGCAAACAAACCUGAAAUUUCAAGAAUACAAACAGAUCCACGUGCAAGGUUGUCCACGCAUGUGGAUCCGAUAACUCCAGGAAAUCCACUGAAUCCUUUAGUAGGCGGUGUUCCACUGUUAAUACCUGAUUCUAACGUUUCUCCUUGUAAAGAUGCUAAAAAAGAGCAUAAAGGAUUCAUGACGCUUGGACCGAAAAAGAGAUUUCAAAAAGCUCUUAUAAAAAUGAAUAUACUGCCAAAGAAUACUAUUAAGAGUGAUUCAUUUUACAGUGAUGGUGUACAUGUAGACGAUCCUCUCGCACCCCCUCAUACACCACCGGGAACAGGACUUUCACAGACUACUAACCUUUAUCAUUCGAAAAGUAAUCCUGACCUUACGUCGUUAUAUUGUUAUGACGACUUAAGGGCGCCUGAUUAUCCAGAACACGUUUUGAAGGUUUACAAAGCCGAUCAAACUUGUAAAUAUCUUCUUAUUCACAAGGAAACAACGGCGCACGAGGUGGUAAUGCUAGCUCUCCAAGAAUUUGGUAUAACCGCUGCCGAAGGCAGUUCGAAUUUCUCCUUGGCUGAAGUUAGCGUUGGAGAAGGAGGAAUGAUUAAACAACGCAGGUUACCUGAUCAGUUGCAAAAUCUUGCAGAAAGAAUUGGCUUAAGUUCAAGGUAUUAUUUAAAAACUAACGGUAUCUCGGAGACGUUCGUAGCAGAUGAACAAGCGCCAGAACUUAUACGCGAAUCUCAGGUUCACUUCUUACAAUUAAAUGCCGUUGAAGUUGCAAUUCAAUUGACUUUACAAGAUUUCAGUAUAUUCAGACAAAUAGAAUCUACGGAAUACGUGGAUGAUUUAUUCGAAUUGAAGAGUAGAUAUGGAGUGCCAAUGCUCAGGCAGUUUGCAGAACUAGUCAACAGAGAAAUGUUUUGGGUUGUGACAGAAGUUUGUUCUGAACACAAUCUUGUUCGACGUAGUAAAAUAAUAAAACAAUUUAUAAAAAUAGCCCGACAAUGUAAAGAAUGCAAAAAUUUCAAUUCCAUGUUUGCGAUUGUGUCUGGCUUGGGUCAUGGGGCUGUCUCAAGAUUAAGAGCUUCUUGGGAGAAACUGCCAAGUAAAUAUCAAAGGCUAUUUAGUGACCUACAAGAAUUAAUGGACCCGAGCCGUAACAUGAGCAAAUACCGACAAUUAGUAGCAUCUGAACAAACGCAACCUCCUAUAAUUCCAUUUUAUCCAGUAGUAAAGAAGGAUUUAACGUUCAUACACCUUGGCAACGAUUCCAGAGUGGAAGGUUUGGUAAAUUUCGAAAAACUGAGGAUGAUAGCGAAAGAAGUGAGAACGUUAACGAACAUGUGUUCUUCACCCUACGAUCUAUCAAUAAUGUUAGAAAGAGGUGGCCAGCCACCUAGUUCUGCCAUGGUUGCGUUAAAUCAAAUGACUACUGGAAAUCAAGUGUUGCAAUGUCCAGGAGGACAAACGGCAACAGUAAAAAGGCGGAAAAAGUCUACCGCUGCACCAAAUCCGAAGAAAAUGUUCGAAGAGGCUCAAAUGGUUCGAAGAGUGAAAGCGUACCUUGCCAACAUGAAAGUAAUAACUGACGAGGAACGAUUACAUGCUUUGUCUGUGGAAUGCGAACCUCAUGCAGGAACUGCCGCAGUAGCCGCAGCGGUACCUCUCAGUGCAAGCAGAGGAAGAAGGCAUCCUUCGCCUACUUUGUCGACUACAAGUAGUGCUAGCAGCACCAGUGAAGGUAGAAAGAGUAUACAAGGUACAAAGUUUGGAGCUGCAUCGCCACAAGCAGUACGGAAAAUGUUAGCACUUUCUGAUCCCCACAAAACUCGUCCGUAUCAACCGAAACAUUGCCCACCAGCACUUCCAGUGCCUGGAUUGGCAUUGCAUUCCAGCGGAUUGGAGCCUAGUCCCGGUGCACCUAGGAGAGUAGGAUCUGGUAGCCGAGUUCCUAUGCAUGAGAGAUCCCAUAGCGAUACUCCUUCCAGUUUACCACCACCUGUCGAUCUCAGUGCUGAAAGUAGUAGCGUAACCAGCUUGAGCAAUCUUCAGCCGUUAAGAAAAACGUUGACCAGUGACGACGAAGACGCACAAGUAUCAGCGGUUUAAAAUGGUCCACGACGCCUGUAAAGAGUUCCCGGUCAUCAUUAUGCUUCAGUUCCUCAACAGAUUGUCAUUUCCCGCGACUAGAAGAGGAACAGUUUUGUCGUCAACUUAUGUGCCACGUGUUAAACGAUUCCCUAUUAAGAAAGGAAUUCGAAACAAUUCCUCGAACUUUGCACCCGCUUUCAAAGUCUCUCUGAAUAUAUAAGACAAGAAAUUUUUAAAGAAUUUGUUCCAAUAACAACGGGGUGCAUAGACGAAAAAUGAAACUGAUCGACACACACGCACAGUGCUUUCGAUUCAGAUAUUUCGAGAGCCCUCAUACCGGUUUAAGGAAAUACUUUGGAGAAGAACGCGCAUCGAGGAAGGGGAAGAAGCGCUAGUCUUCCAGAAUUAUUAAGAAAAAGAAAAUGAAAAUAACGAGAUACAAAAAGAAGAGAAGUUGAGAAUCUCACGAGCUGCGCCCGUCGGGAUACUACGAAAGCACCAAUCACGAAAGAAAGGACAUAUAUAUAUAUAUAUACACACGAGGAUAUAUGAAACAUGUAUUACAAGAUCAAAGACAAGAAAAGACAAAACGAAGAACGACAUAGAAUACGUUUGUAUCAGACUGAUGAUAUGUUGUCCGAUACAAAGGUGCCACGUCGAGUUUCACGUAGCGGCUACUCAGAGAGAGAAAGAGAGACUAGGCGCGAGAAAUUACGGUCAUAAGUAAUAAUUCUCUAUAAAUGUGUAAUAAAUCGAGUCCAAAGAUGUUAUAUAUACCGCGUAAUCGUCGCAGGGAGUACGAAUGACGGCGUGUCCUGUAUUAUAUUACUUUUUAGGCUAACCCCCGAACGCCCAGAGUAGCUUAAGUAUACGUUUUUGGUGUACAUAGCGUGUAGCGUUUAAUGUAGCAUAUAAUUCAGCAAGAAUGACGUAUGCAUGAAUGUGUUUAUUGCAUGUACGCGUGUUUGGCCGAGAGAUAGGAAAUUCAAUGUGCAAAAAAGCGAAUCAAACCAGAUACAUAUGCAAAUUUAACGUUUGUCGUUCUUCUUUUUCUUUUAUUUUUUUUCUUUUUCUUUUUUUAACGUAUCCUUCUUCGAUGUCUAUCGAAUGUGGUUUCGAUUGUAUCGUAUGCAGUCUCGUAUCAGAUUUUUAGAAUUUCGAUAAUUUCAAGCUACGUAUUAUUUGUGUUUUUACAUUUUUUUUAAAGGCAGAUAAUUGUGACAAGCUUUCGAGUAAUCAUUCAUUUUUAUUUUUUCGCUUGUUGUAUACAGUAUGAAUGUUAUUCGUGUGUCACGAAACCAGAAAUUUAUUGUAUUGAUGGCGUUUAAGGGGAGACCUGAUUUUACGGCUUCGAUGUGUAUGUGUACGGAGUUUUAUCGUUGACGCGAUCAUAAGUACAAAGUAUUUUUCGAGGGACUAACGAGAAAAAGCGAGUCUGUUGCGAGAGGGUGUGUUGUACGAAGAUGUAUAUGUGUAUCGUUCCUGGGCUUUUGAAAUUCAUUUUUAAAGCGUUUAUCCGUAAUGUACGAGUAUGCUUAUAGCGCUCGUAGCGUUGUUCCAGCGUUUAAUAUUAUCUAGCGCGAGUGCAGGUUCAGUAGGAACGCGAGGAAGAAAGAAAAAUCAAUCGAGAAUAAAAAUUAAAAGUAAAAAGAUCGUGUUUGAGGAGUUUGGGUGAUAGAAAGGGAGAGAAAGCGAGAGAGCGAAUGCGAGUCUGAACGAAAGAAAGAAAGGAAACAAAUAUAACAACAAGGUAUUAAGCGUUUCAGGAAGGAAAUUGAGAGAGGAUAUAAUAAUCGAUAUGCAUCGCGUAUGCUCAACUUAUUUUUACCGAAGUAAUUAAUUAUUAAUCGAAAACGAAUUUUAGAUCUGCUGUAACUUAUAUUUCUCGACCUUCUCGAAUUCGAUCUAUCGUUAUCGAAGAAUAAUAUUACGGAGCACCGAAGCGCAUUCGUCGAUAACUAAUAUUUUCCGAAAUUUUAUCAGUAUCACGGUACUUUUAGUUUUAUAUAUAAAAAACAAAUAUAUAUUAUAAAUAUAUAAAUAUAUCUAUAUGUAUAAUCCGCGCCGUGCAAGAAGAGCGUAUUAAAACGAAAGAGAACGAAGCAGCAAGAUCGCCUCUUUCAAAGCCUCUGUCUCAGGGGAAGAGAGAAGAAAUAGAUUCCCAAAAGCGAAAGAGAAAACCGCUAAAAGAUAAAUAUCAUCGCGCAUCUCGCCGACAGGCCGAGACUAAUAAUUGUUAUAUCGAUAAUUCGCCAAGACAACUAAAUAUUCGAGCUAAAAUACCAGUGAUUUGUGCAAACAAAAAAUUCUGCGAUCUAAAAAAUUCGUUCUCGCGCAAGGCUCGAAAACUAUCUAUGUCGAUGAUAUCGAACAUACGAAAACGCGGUUGUAUUAAGGCAGAGAGGGCCUAAUUUCGAAGGCAUCUCCUUUCGCGAUGAACGAUCUGCCAAAAUGCUCGUGCAAAGCGAGCAGCAGUCUCGAGGAUUAACACGGUGCUUCCCUUUUUUCUUUUCUCUCUAUUGAGCCCUGAAACGCUCGAAAUUCUUGGAAAAAUUCUUGAAAAAAGCUAAUUCUUGAGGCUUUCGAGCGUGUCGUAUAUCGACAUUCCACGUUGUUGCGUCCCAUCGUGAAUCAUACCCGACACAAAUACUUCCCAUACGCGACAGACUAUUCUCAAUGUGUUAAUAUUGACCAGACCUGUUUUGGAAAACACAAAAGACAUUAGCAGAUUGUUAAACACCGUGCUGAUCCUCGCCACGUUCGAUCCGCGCGAACAAAUCAAGUCGAACCAUCCAUGUUAGUCGCUGGGUUUCGCGCGGAUCCUGCGGUAACGGCGACAUUUACUGCAUAUUCAUAUUAAUAUCUCUUUGUACAUAUCCUUUAAUGACUUUUAAAUAUUAUUAAUUAAUCGAACGUUCUCGAAGGAAGUGUUUGAUAGUGGCGAGCGUUGUGUCCAGCAGCAUUUAAAAUAUCGAUCAGAAGGUUCUUAGUAACUCGAGCGUAGAAGGAACAAACGAACGAAACAGGCAGGAAAACGAUGCUAUUUCCGUUCCCUUUUCUUUUCCAUCCGAGCUUUUUAUCGUAAGAUCGAUCAUCUUUUGUGUUUUGUUUUAUAAACUUUUCCCCGAAACGAUCUUCCUGUUCGUGAAUUUUCCUUUCCCCUGUUCGUUUUUCUUUUUGCAUCUUUGGCGGUUCAAGGAUACGCGGUUCAUUCCAAGAAGCAUUUACGCCUCACCGAUUAUUUCAAUUUUCGCGAUUUCGUUCCUCUUUAUGAAUUUUUCAAUUUGUGCUUCAUUUCCCCGCGAAAUUCAAAUUUAACAAAUCGAUGAAUAAAAUCGGCAAAUUACUAAUGACGUUGUCAUAUGACGUAACGUAAUUUGAUUAAAAAGUAUUCUUAUUAAAAUUGAAAAUGAUUUGAACUUCGUGAUUUGAGAUGGAAGCGAGAUAAGCGAAAAAGUUGUAAGAAAUGAGCGAAAUCGUUCAAAUGAGAGUAAUACGAUGAGCCACAGGCGAUUAUUAAGUUUUCACUAGUCUUGAAUUGCCGAAGCUCGAGUUCUCCUUCUUCCUUUAAUUUUAAACGAAACGAUCCACCUUGUCGUAGAGUUUGUGUAAUGCGCGCAUGCAAGUAUGUUUAUGGAGAAAGAAAGAAAGAGAGAGAGAGAGAGCGAGAAAGAGUGUCAGAACAUGUAGAAAAAGCCUUUAAACUGUCUUCUUCCACGAACUUCGUCCUCCUUUUACCCCUCGAUGACUUCUUUUACUUUUUAUUUAAUGCCCCUUGCCCUCCCCCGUUCUCUUCUGUUGUUUUUAAUUAUUUAUAUUAACUCGAGAAUGGAGCGACUGCGCGUCGCGGUCGGCAGUAAGAGCAACAAGGAAAACAGAGAAAAAAGAUGCGAUCUUUUGUAUUUAAUUUGUUUAAUAAAAAAAUCAUGGAUCAUAGUACAACA